CCAUGGCCGACUACGCCGCGGUCGCGGGGCCCCGGGCGGCCGCGGACGCCGGGGCCCCGGGGGCCAGCGGCACCGAGGCCCCCGCCGAGGCGCCGGCCGCCGACCGAGGGAGGCUGCCGCGGCGGGCGUGCGUCGUCGCCGUGUGCUGCACUGCGGCGGGGAUGGCGCUGUGGUGCGCAGCAGGCAGGGGCCUGAGCGUGCGGGCCCGACCGCGGGGCCUCACAGGAGAAGAGGAUCCAUCGCAAUCUCACCCUGCACCCUGA